AUGACCGAUAUCCAGUAUCUGAAAAGCCUCCAGGCCGUCCGCGACAGGGCCCACCAAGUCCUCGGAGCAGCGCAGAGUGGAGACCUGUCCCACUUUGACUAUCACCCAACGCGCAUGGCCUCGACAGCGGAAUACGUUGCUGAUAUCAUUACGCGGGACUAUGGCCCAGACAGAUACGAUCAAAUCCCUCCUCACGGACGAUGGCAGCACUUCGACAUCGGAGGCGUCCCGCGCAUUGAUCGUCUCACCAAGCAGUGGGAGCUAGACGGGUGCGAUAAGCGUGAGAUUGCGCGCCGCCUGGUUGAUCUCUUCUUCUUUUCCGUGCUGGUGGACGCGGGCGCCGGUGACGUCUGGCGCUUCACGGAGCCUGAUACGGGACAUGCUAUUGGUCGGAGCGAGGGUAUUGCUGUUGCUUCCUUGUACAUGUUCACUUCGGGUGCGCUGUCGAGCCAGACGGGCGGGGGUGCCGAUAUCUUAGGACAUGCCCUCGCCGCUCUGGAUAGUAGCGUCUUCCAGACGCACUUCCAGAUUGACAGCAAUAACCCCAUGGUGGGAGACCAGUCGCGCGUGAACCUCCUCAACAACAUCGGGCAAUCGCUCCUCCGCAUGCCCAAAGUCUUUGGCCCGGACGGACGCCCUGGUCAGCUCGUUGACUACAUGCUCUCGCAGAAGAAAGAAUCCGAGUCCCUAGACUUCACCACCCUCUGGACAACACUGCAAGACCUACUCCUCCCCGCAUGGCCCAAAGACCGCACCCACAUCGCAGGGACACCCCUCGGCGACGCCUGGCCCCUGCAGACUUUGGCCCGCCUGAACGCCAACGAAGACACCCCCAACAACACACAGCACAUCCAGCCCUUCCACAAACUAACACAGUGGCUCGCCUACUCGCUGACCGUGCCGUUCGUGCGCGUCUUAGACCUACACUGGGCAAACGACGACCAAGGCACGGGUCUACCCGAGUACCGCAACGGCGGGCUGUUCAUAGACCUAGGCGUCCUCACGCUGAAAGACGAGGACCUCCGACGCGGUCGUGAGGCGUCCGGACAGGAUAUCCCUGCGUUUGGGGCUAGCAGCGAUGUAAUUGUUGAGUGGCGCGCUAUGACGGUGGCGCUGUUAGAUGAGUUGCAUAAGCUUGUUGCGGAGCGUCUUGCUCAGAAGGGGGUGCGGCUUAGUCUGGCGCAGAUGUUGGAGGCGGGGAGCUGGAAGGGGGGGAGGGAGCAGGCUGCUAAGUUGAGGCCUGAGACACGGUCGGGUCCGUUUAUCAUACAGGGGGAUGGGACGUUGUUUUGA